CCCUGAGCAGCGGACGUGAAAUCGUGUGUUUUUGUGGGCUGUGUCUGGUCGUCGAGCGUCGGUAAAACUGAACGUAAAACGAGGCAAACUGAACGAAUUGCCCAAUUUGAAAAUCUAGUGAAUUGGAAACCCAAAUAUAAAUCAAUUUGAAGUUCGAUAAUCAAAUUUUGUUAGUAAAAAUAUAUUGAAAACUAAGAAAAAGAUCUUUGAAGUCCUGAAAAGAACUGAAAGAUCCAUAAAUCCUUCAUAAAACCAAGAAUACUUAUAUAACAUUCUUAAAGAAAAGUCAAAUCCAAAAGCAAACCCACCAAUUCUAAAGGCAAUGUGGAGCUGUUAAAUCAUCCUGAACCUGAACAACAUGGUGAAGAUCGAGGAAGGUCUGCCGUCCAGCGAGAUCAGCGCCCACAGCCACCACUUUCAGCACCACCAUCACCCACUGCCGCCCACCACCCACCAUCAUCCGCUCCAAAACAGCCAUCCCGUCGGUCUGAAUCUUACCAACCUGAUGAAAAUGGCCAGGACGCCCCAUUUGAAGUCCAGUUUCUCCAUCAACGCCAUAUUACCCGAGACCUUGGAGCACCACGAUGACGACGAGGAGGAGGAAGUGGAGAAGAAGUCCUCUGCGAAGUUUCCACCCAACCACAAUAACAACAACCUGAAUGCCACCAACUGGGGAUCAUCUGAGGAUCAGGAGGCGGAAAGUGAUCCCGAAUCGGAUUUGGAUGUGACCUCCAUGUCGCCGGCUCCCGUUGUCAAUCCCAACGAAAGCGAUCCGGAUGAAGCCGACGAGGAGUUCGUGGAGGAGGACAUAGAAUGUGAUGGCGAGACCACCGAUGGCGAUGCGGAGAACAAAUCCAACGAUGGAAAGCCCGUCAAGGACAAGAAGGGCAACGAGAAGCCGCCUUAUAGCUACAAUGCCCUGAUCAUGAUGGCCAUCCGGCAGAGUCAGGAGAAGCGUCUCACCCUGAAUGGCAUCUACGAGUACAUCAUGACCAACCAUCCCUACUACAGGGACAACAAGCAGGGCUGGCAGAACUCCAUCAGGCACAAUCUCAGCCUGAAUAAGUGCUUUGUGAAGGUCCCGCGACACUACGAUGAUCCUGGCAAGGGUAACUACUGGAUGUUGGAUCCCUCGGCAGAGGACGUUUUCAUAGGAGGAUCGACGGGGAAGUUGAGGCGGAGGACAACAGCUGCCUCACGCUCCAGACUGGCGGCCUUCAAGAGAUCCCUGAUCGGACCCAUGUUCCCCGGACUGGCUGCCUAUCCUCAGUUUGGCCAGUUUCUGACCUAUCCUCCAACGGCGCCAAGCCUGCUGGCCAGCAUGUACCAGCGCUAUAAUCCUUUUGCCCCGAAAAGUGGACCAGGACAUCCGGGAAUGCCUCCGGGCUUGCCGGGCUUGCCUGGACCCCCGGGUCCUCAGGGACCGCCGGGACCACCUCCGCCCUUCGUUGCACCUCCCUCGAGCAGUGAGCUCUACCAGCGAUUGCAGUACCAACAGCUGUUGCACCAACAUGCAGCAGCCGCCGCUUUGGCAGCCCAUCAGAGGCAACUUUCGGUGGUGGCGGCAUCGGCAUCGGGCCAGCCUCCGCCCCACCACGCUCACCUGGUGGGUCAGCCGCCCCUCUCGCCGCCCAAUCACCUUCAGGGGGGCGGAGAUUCGCCCGGACCUUCGCCACAGGCCCUCAUCAAACCCGUCACCGUUGUCUCCCGCAAUAGCUGAAGAGUCUAGGCCCCAGAAUCUUAGACUUUAGCUGGAGGAGCAGCUUCUGUAGCUCAUAAGGAUCCACUGUACAUAGAUAUAGCCGCGACUGAGGCGCUAGACGCUUGUAAAUAGAUGAGGAAAGGGAGGAAAACCAUGAAAAUCAAAGCUCGAGAUAGAGAAGAAACCUUAUUCGGUUCACCGAAUGUAAACGGAAACUUUGCAGAGCAGGGAAAGUUAAUUUUCUUUAUAUAUAUUAAUGCACCUUUAACAAUAUCUUCAUAAAUCAUUCAAUUAAAAAAUAAAUAUUCCGUUCUAAGCUAAUUAAUGUCCGUUAUUAACCAGAAAGGCCAUCAAAUGUCUACCUAUAACACCUUGAAAAUGCCAGAAGAAAAUGGCUAUAUGUAGUCCACACUCAGACCCCUUGAAAACCUGAUCUCUGCAAGGCUUUUCCGAACGAGAGUUUCACAGUUGGUAACUUGUUGUCACAUAUCCACGACAUAUGUUUGUAAUAUGAUUAACGAUACUUAAGCGCUGCAGGCAAAGAACUAAGCACUACUAUUUAAUUUAUAUAUUAUUGUAUAUUUAGACACCGAACGGAGCGACGAGAGCAGAAACCAAUUAAAAUUCUAUUGAAAUAAAAAU